GCUGAAAACGUGGAUCAUUUUUUUACUUUAAAUAUUGUUUACUUGAGAGUAAUUUGAAAACCUGGAUUUACCGUUUAUUGCUUCUCGUAAGAGUCAUUUAAAUUUCAUUAAUUGAUCUCGAAAUUGUUUUAAUUGUUGUGCUACGUUUUUACUUGCUAGUUAUUUAUUUAAAAUAAAUCUGUUCAAACUUGUUUUCGUUUUGCUGUUGUAACUGAUUCUUCUUUUUUUCUCAAAACAAUGACUGAUUCUUGUGUCAACAAUUUAGAGGAUAAAUUAUCUCUCAUUUCAAAAAAUCUUGAGUUAAUUAGCGAUGCUGAUAACUUGAAAUCUAUUUUAGACCAAAGAAAUCUGAAAAUUUGCUGGGAAAUACCGAUAACUGGUAAACCUGAUUUGUCCUACAUAUACUCGAUCCUUAAAGUUUCCGAUUUCAUUAAAGCCGGCUGUCAUGUGAAUAUUUUAUUUGCUGAUCUUUUGGGUUAUCUGGAUAAUGUUAAAUCCCCUCUAGAUUUACUUGAAUCAAGAAGCUCACUAUAUAAAAAUGUAUUCAUUGGAGCCUUUGAAUCUCUUGGUAUUCCAUUGGAUAAUGUAACCUUUUCCAAAGGUAGUGAUUUUCAAUACGAUAAGGAUUAUUCUCGCGAUAUUUUUCGAUUAGCAUCGAUUGUUACCGAAACAGACGCAUGUAAAGCCGGAUUGGAAGUUGUCAAACGAGUUGACCAUCCGCUACUCAGCGGCUUAUUAUACCCUGUAUUGCAGAUUCUUGAUGAAGAACACCAAAAGAUAGAUGCUCAAUUCGGAGAUGUGAACCAAAGAGAAAUUUUUAAUCUUGCCGAAAAAUAUUUACCACAGAUCGGAUAUUCUAAGCGAAUACAUCUAAUUCAACCUCAAAUUAAAUGGCUGUCUAAUUUAACUCCUAAUCCAGUUGAGGAUGAUGUCAGGAUUACUCUUCUAGAUCCACCCGAAAAUGUGAAACGAAAGUUAAAGAAAACCUUUUGUCAGCCUGGAAAUGUUGAAGAUAAUGGCGUUUUAUCGUUUGUUAAACAUAUCAUUCUUCCAUUUUUCAAUGAAUUUCGCCUUAUGAGAAAAGAAGCUCACGGUGGACCAAUUGAUUAUACCGAUUUUACUAAAAUCGAAGAAGAUUUCAAGAGUGAGCAAUUACAUCCUGAUGAUCUUAAAAAGUCAGUUGAAGUUUACAUAAAUAAACUUCUUGAUCCCAUAAGAAGUAAAUUUGAAGAUGAUGAAGGGAAAAAAUUGAUUGACUUGUCCUAUCCUGCUCCUGUCAAAUUCAAGAAAGUUAAAAAGGAAAAAUCAAAGAAUAAGCCAGAAGCCUCUGAAGAGGUAAAACCAAAUGCUGACGAGCUGAAAAAACAGGAAGAGAAAUACAACUUGAUCACUAGAAAUCUGGAGGAAAUUCUUGGAGAUGAAAGACUCAAAGAGGUACUUAGCCAAAGAGAUUUAAAUCUUUACUGGGGAACAGCAACAACUGGUAAACCUCAUGUAGCUUAUUACGUUCCAAUGGCCAAGAUUGCUGAUUUCUUGAAAGCAGGUUGUCAUGUAACCAUACUAUUUGCUGAUUUACAUGCAUACCUCGACAAUAUGAAGGCUCCUUUCGAGCUAUUAGAAUUGCGAACCCAAUAUUAUGAGAAAGUUUUAAAAGCUGCUCUUGAAUCUCUGGGUGUUCCCAUUGACAAACUAGUUUUUCGUAAAGGAAGUGAUUAUCAGUUUGACAAAAAAUUUACUCAAGAUAUUCUGAGGUUAGCUGCUGUCGAAACUAUUCAUGAUGCUAAAAAAGCUGGAGCUGAAGUAGUUAAACAAGUUGAACAUCCACUAUUAAGUAGUUUACUUUACCCUGGACUUCAGGCACUUGAUGAAGAGUUUUUAAAUGUUGAUGCUCAAUUUGGUGGAGUAGACCAAAGGAAAAUAUUCACAUUAGCUGAGAAAUAUUUACCUUCUUUAGGAUACGUUAAAAGAGUUCAUCUCAUGAAUCCUAUGAUUCCUGGCUUGGCUGGUGGUAAAAUGAGCUCUUCCGAGGCUGAUUCAAAAUUAGAUUUAUUAGAUCCACCUGAAGUGGUCAAGAGUAAACUUGAAAAUGCUACUUGCGAGGCUGGAAAAAUUGAAGACAACGGCCUGUUAGCAUUCGUCAAACAUGCAAUCUUCCCAAUAUUUCACGAAAUUAAAUUAACUGUUGAAGAAACCAAGAAUAAAACCUUUAACUAUGAAAAUUACCCAAAACUGGAAGCUGAUUUCAAAGAUUUGAAAUUAUCACCUGAUGAUCUUAAAUCAAUGGUCGCUGUCUAUGUUAAUCGCCUUCUUGAGCCUGUGCGUAAAAAGUUUGAAGACCCUGAAUUGAAAAAAUUAGUUGAAUCUGCCUAUCCGACUAAACCACAAGGCGAUGUCUUAAAACGUUCAGAAGAGUAAACCUUGCCAUUUGCUAAAAAAUAAUUAAACAAUCUUUGCAAACGUCAUAAAUUUAUCUUUUGAUACAAUGCAAAGUUUUUAUUCAAUUCAAUGUAUGUAUAAUUAUUAACCAUGAAAAUUAUCCUGACUAAAUUCUAUUUUCUUACAGACAAAUAUAUAUUUCUAUCAACACUCUUACUGACUAAUAUUGUGUCGUUGUUGUAAAAAAGUAAUAUCAAAAAUUUGUUUAAAUGAUUGAUUAGUUAGAUCGUUACACUGAUGUAACUGUGAUGUAACAGCCAUUCGAAGUCAAUACACUUUCAUUAAGUUUAUUGAUUGGACAGUUGUGAAUUUACUUAAUCGAUUGGUAUCUGUUAAGCAUAAAUUGAUUGACCAUAAAUGAAUCCAUGAUUAAACCUUGACUUACUGCUUA